AAUCAUAUAAAAACCCACGCUUGAUAUUGCAAAAACCACUUCUUUCUUUCAACAUACUAUCUACAUAUCAUAAUGUCUACAGCUGCUACUCAACAACCAAUUGAUCAAACCAAAAACUGGCGUGGUUUCGAUACGGCGACAGACAACCAAACGACAGCUACUGAGUUUCCUGAUCGUAUUACGGGUCCUUCUGCAUGGGAUGGUAAAGAAUUAGAGGCCAAUACUGAAAGCUGGAUUUACCAUCUUACUGCUGAGGAUAUUGGUGACAUUGAUCAAGCCGUUAAACAUUUCAUUUCCCUCAAUAUUCCUCUGGGUGAAAUCUCUCAAUCCAAUUUCCCUUUAACAAGCUUCAAGACUGUUAUUUUAAAAGAACGCGAUAAUCUCUUUCAUGGUUUAGGUUUUGGAUUAUUUCGUGGGUUCCCUAUUGAAAACUACGAACGUACUGAACAAGCUGCAAUCUUUAUGGGUAUUGGAUCUUAUAUCGGAGCGCGUAAACCACAGAAUGGUAAAGGACAUGUUUUGGGACACGUCAAGGACUUAACCGAAGGAUCCACCACCAAAGUAGUUUACUCUGUCGAUGAUCCUACUACUCGGAUCUAUGCCACUCGCAAAGCUCAGCCUUUUCAUGUAGAUGGUACUGAUAUUGUUGCCUUGCUCUGUUUAAACGAGGGACAGGAAGGAGGUUUAAGUGCUGUAAUCUCUUCACAUACGCUUUACAACCGUCUUCGUGAGCUUCGACCUGAUAUUGUUGAAUUGAUGAAGGAGUCUUGGUAUUGGGAUAGAAAGGGUGAGCAUGGUCCUAAUGAUGUUCCAUAUUUAAAGGCAUCUCCUUUGGUAUAUUAUGAUGAACGGUUAUUUACUUUCUGGGGUCCUCAUUUCUUUGAAACGAUGACACGAUUUCCCGAAAUUACAGUGGGCGAAGAGAGAUUCGAAGCCAUGCGUUACAUCCAAGCUUUGUGUGAACGUGAGGCACUCAAUAUGAAACUCCAAACGGGUGAUAUGCAAUUUGUCAACAAUUAUUCUAUUAUUCACGCCCGUACUGCCUAUGUGGAUAUUCCAGGUCAAACCCGUCAUCUGUUGCGUCUUUGGUUAAUGGUUAAUGGAAGUGAGUCGGGCUGGAAAAUGCCUUUUACCAAGGGUGACUAUAACUAUGAGUAUUCUGGUGAACAAGUAGUUCCUCUUGAAGCAGAGUAAAACCAGAAAUAAUGAUAAUGAAACUAUGUAAAUCCCCCACCCACCCUUAUCAUUACUUUUCUUAACAAUCAAUCUUGUAAAAAUAAAAAAAAAGUUCCACAUGUAUAAUAAGAUUUUAACUUUGUGCCACUGGAUAAUCAUUACCGGAUCUAAUCCUGCAAAGAAGAUCUUGUGGAACUGUAUUUGUAAUUUCUG